GCAGGGAGCCGCUGACAAAUCCCUCUUGGAUGCAGGUGGUCUGGCCCAAGCAAAGAGUUAAGUCCCGCGGCCCCAUUAGCCCCUCCCCUUUGAUGUUCUGACAUCACUAGCCCCGCCCCCUGAAAGAUCUCCCUCACGCCAGGCCAGUUCUACUCUGUUUACAGGAAGCACAUGAGCUGCAUCAGGAUCAGGUGGAGAUAGAGAGAUGCUUUGAAGGGGAAACAUAUCGGUGUGUGGAUAACAAAGGUGUACCUCAAGUGUCACUUCUGGGCCCGCUAGAGUUAUGGCUGUGCAGGCUGCAAUCAUGAACCCGCAGUUUUUGAAUUUCUGCUUUCCCGGUUCAGUGAUGGAGUAUGAUGUGGAGAAAAGUCUGGAUGAUAGCAGUAUCUUGGGUGAGGCAGAGACUGAGGAAGACUACAAAGAAACCACCAGGGAUCUGCUCAGCUUUAUAGACUCAGCCUCCAGUAACAUCAAACUGGCAUUGGACAAGCCAGUCAAGUCGAAGAGAAAAGUCAACCACAGGAAGUAUCUCCAAAAACAGAUCAAAAGGUGCACGGGGAUCAUUGCACUGAGCAACGCCGCAGAACCACCACCGCCGGGUAAAAGGCACGGGUCUCCCCCCAUGGCCCAAACCAGCAGCACUUUGCACACUAAAAACCUGCCUAAACGCGAUGGGGUCCACGCCAACCUACAGAGCAAAAGCCUGGCAGCUCUGUUCAGCCCCGUGCAGGAUGUCAGAGGGGGCGACAAAGCCAAAAAGCCACCCCUCCGGCAUCGCAACCUGCCCCCAUCUUUCUUCACAGAGCCUGCCAACUGCUCCAGAGUCAGCCCCACAGCCGGGACAAUGCUAAAGGAGUUAGAAAGAGGAAACGCAGAGCAUGUAGACUUCUUUGAGCUGUUAGGCCCGGAUUAUAGUAGCAUGGUGAGUGAGCAGGACCUUUAUCAAACUUUACCAGUUCGCGAGCACUCGGAGAUGGGAGGAUUGGAGACGACGUCCUAUGAUUCGCAGCAUUUAGUUGGAAAUCUUCUGUACUCUGCUGAGCCCAAACUCACAAACACACAGGCACCUGGAUUCUGUCACUCGGACGCCACCUCUGGGCCCAUAGAGGACGGUUCACUGUGCACUUUGGCCUUCCCCAACUUCUUCACUGACUGCUCUAUACCUCAGGUCACUUAUGACACAAGUGGUGCAUUCAGCAGGCCCAAUUAUUCUUCUCUAUGAGACUACGGAGACUAUUUCAUAUUUUUGUAGUAGCAAAUGGAGCUGGAUUUCUACAUAUCACCUUACUUUCCUACCUAAGCAGAAAAAAAAACAAUGACAUGACAGUUGACGCUCUUUAGUUACUGCUAUAAAAUGUUCCUCUUAUAGCCUAUAAUGUACUUGACAUGAAAAAGCCUUGUAGUGUCAAUUUGUUUUCACUGAUGAGAUUGCUGCUUCAUGAUUUGUCUCAAAAUGAAGGGAGAAUGAAGUUUCUCAAUGUUAGAUAGAUAAAUGUAUGUAUCUUUUUG